AUGACCUCUGAUACAGAACACCCCCAAUCCGAAACCGGCGGUACUGAUGUUGAAACCUCCAACUCAACACCCCAGCCGGCCGCUGGCUCUCCCGCAGUCAAGAAGAAGGCUCCACCCAAGGUGACCGCUGAAGUGCUUCAGCGUCGUAGAGAAGGUAGAAUAAAGGCAGCAGCAACAAUCGCAAGCAACUUGAAGAAGACAGGAAUUGGUAGAUUUGAAGAAGAGAAUAAAUUCGCGUUAACGUCGGUGAAGCAAGUCCCCUUAGUGAACCAGAAGAACUACUACACCGAUUACUUGAAGAAGGAUGAACAGAUAUCGUUUGUUAGAAAUUGGAGAAGCGAGAAGUUGAUGCAGAGCCAAAACAACAACAAGUUGAAGAAGGCAAUCAAGAAGGACGAUAACUCCUUGGAACCCAAGAACUUCGACGACUAUGAUUUGGGUGACAUCGAGGCUGAGAUGAGAAAGAAGCAGGAGGAAGAAGAAGCGUUGGCCAGAGCAGAAGCAGAAGCAGAAGCGGAAGCAGCAGCGGCAGCUGCUGCCGGAGAUGAUGUCGAUGACGAUGUGGAUGAUGACGAUGACGAUGAAGUGGACGGAGACGUUAUCGAGCACAAGGCCAAACAAGGGUACGACACCAUUGUCAUUCAACCCGGCUCAUCUAACAUUAGAAUCGGAAGAGCCACAGAUGCGUUCCCCUUGACUAUACCUACCGUCUUGGCAAUGAGGCCGAAGACCAGCACAUCGUCAUCUAAGGCACUGGCGCCCGCUGAUCACCAACCAACUCCUGUGCGUACGGUCGAUGACGCUGGUAACGUUGCAUUUGACGCAGAUUUUGACCACCACAAGGAUAUAGUAACCAAGGACUUCAAGGCCAGAAUGAAGUACUAUAAGCGUCGUAUCUUACCCAACUCACGAGAAUCCGCAGCAAAUUACAACAAGAAGCAGGAACCCGAAAGAAUCCCAGACCAUAACGAUCCAUACAAGAAAGAAUGGUUGGAUUUAUCUGAACAUAAGGGGAAAACUGUGUUCAUCGGAGAAGACGCCUUGAAUUUACCUAUUGUUAACAAUAACUGGCUCUUGAGAUUCCCCAUCAAGAAUGGUGUUUUCAACGACCAAGAGCUGUAUUACGAUUCACCUGAAGAAAUCAUUGGAGAUUUAGCAUGCAUAAUUUUCGAUGCGUUGGAAAAGCUUGAUAUCACCAAAAAGCAACAUUUAGCACAGCUCAAGGCUGUUCUUGUUAUUCCCGACUUAUAUGACAAGGUAUACGUUGAAAACUGGGUAGGUAUGCUUUUCAAACAGAUUGGGUUUGGCAAAGUAGCCAUAAUCCAGGAAGCUGUCGCUGCUACUUUCGGAGCAGGUGCUCAAAGUGCCUGUGUUGUGGACGUUGGAUCUCAGACGACUACUAUAUCAUGUGUUGAUGAGGGGCUAAUCAUCAACGAUUCAAGAAUCACUUUAAAUUUUGGAGGAGAUAACAUAACUGAAACAUUCAUCAAGUUGUUGUUGGAACUGUCCUUCCCUUACAAGGGAAUAGACUUAUCUGGACAUAACGAUGACUGGGAAUUAGCCGAAUCCUUGAAGAAGAACUAUGUGACUUUCCUGGACGCAGAUAUUGCAGUUCAAUUGUAUAACUUCUACAAACGUAAACCAAACGAAUUGACAGAAAAGUACGAGUUUAAGGUGUUUGAUGAAGUUAUGAUUGCCCCACUAGGAUUAUUCUACCCGGGAUUAUUCCAAAUUAAGGAACCAACAGAUGACGAGGCCGCUCAAAAGAGAAGUCUAUUCCCAAUUUCAGUUGAUCAAUAUUCAGGAAAACCAAAUAACCCAUUUUCCAAGGCGCAGGAGAACAUAUCAGAGUCUCUAGUACAUGCGGACCUUGCUGAUGAUCAAUUACUUAUCCUGAUUGUUGAUGAAAAGAACAGAAUAAAGUUGGCAAACCCAUAUUCUAGACCAAGACCCACCAAGACGACGUCCAAUACGAAAAAUAUCAGUUUGGCACCAUUGGAAAAGGCCAUCAUUGAAUCUAUCACCAAUGCCGGAAUAUCUACAGAUUUUAACAAAGUGAAGAGGCUCUACGAUAACUUAUUGAUUGUCGGAGGUGGGUUUGGAAAGAUCCCUGCGUUUGAUUUAUUGUUAACUGACAGGAUUAACAUAUGGAGACCCAAAUUUUUGUCCUCCAGUACCAUGGAAGAAAUACUAGAAUACGUUACCAGCGAAAAAUUGCAAAACGACAACAAGAAGAAAGAGUUAAUUGAUGAGUUUAAGACUAAGAAAUUGGCUGCGAAAAGGAAGAGUCUUGGGUUAGAUGCAGUAGUUAAAGCUGGAACCUCACCAGGAACGCCUGUGCAGGAACAGGAAACUACUGAUGAGAAUGGGACCAAGAGUGCUGGAGCUACGGCAACUGUGUCUAGUAAUCUCGAUGAUAUCGAAUUGGAGGAGGAAGAAUUAGCGAAAAUUGACAAAAUGGUUCCAUUCGAAUUGGAUUUGGAUUACAUUGACUCAAUAAGUGAUAAAGGCUCUUUACUACUGAUCAACGUGUUACCACCACCAAGAGAAUUUGACCCGGAGGUGUUGACAUGGAAGGGUGGUAGUGUUUAUUCAAGGUUGAAAGUUAUCAAUGAGAUGUGGGUAUCGCAGAAUGACUGGGACUUGUUGGAGAGCCGUUGCUUAUACUAUAAGAGUUUGUUCAACUAUUAG